ACAUCUUCUGGAAAAUUAAUUGAAUCAAACACCUGCAAGCUAGCAGAGAAGAGCAAAGAAACUGCCUUGAUCGUGGACGUAACAGAAGCCAGCUGCAGCGAUGGACUGGCACUCCUUCAGGAUAGCUGCCCUGCUGCUCACUUCCCUGGUGGUGCUUGAAGUUAACAGUGAAUUUCAAAUCCAGGUAAGAGAUCAUAACGCCAAAAAUGGUACCAUCAAGUGGCAUUCCAUCAGAAGGCAGAAACGAGAAUGGAUCAAGUUUGCUGCAGCCUGUCGCGAAGGUGAAGACAACUCAAAGAGAAACCCAAUUGCCAAAAUUCAUUCAGACUGUGCUGCAAACCAACCAGUGACAUACCGCAUCUCGGGAGUGGGAAUUGACCAGCCACCUUAUGGAAUCUUCAUUAUUAACCAAAAAACUGGUGAAAUCAAUAUAACAUCCAUUGUUGAUCGUGAAGUCACCCCCUUUUUCAUUAUCUAUUGCCGAGCACUGAAUGCACAAGGUCAAGACUUGGAGAAUCCACUGGAGCUUAGAGUUAGAGUGAUGGAUAUAAACGACAACCCUCCUGUGUUUUCAAUGACUACAUUUCUAGGACAAAUAGAAGAAAAUUCUAAUGCAAACACACUGGUAAUGAAACUCAAUGCUACCGAUGCCGAUGAGCCAAAUAACUUGAACUCAAUGAUAGCCUUCAAGAUCAUAAGACAGGAGCCUUCUGACUCACCAAUGUUCACCAUCAACAGGAAAACUGGAGAAAUCAGAACAAUGAAUAACUUUCUAGACAGAGAGCAAUAUAGCCAGUAUUCCCUUGUGGUGAGAGGCUCAGACCGGGACGGUGGAGCAGACGGCAUGUCUGCAGAGAGCGAGUGCAGCAUCACCAUCCUGGAUGUCAAUGACAACAUCCCAUACUUGGAGCAGUCAUCUUAUGACAUCACAAUUGAAGAAAACACACUUCACUCCCAACUAUUGCAGAUCAGAGUCAUUGAUUUGGAUGAAGAAUUCUCAGACAACUGGAAGGCAAUCAUUUUCUUUAUCUCUGGAAAUGAGGGAAAUUGGUUUGAAAUAGAAAUGAAUGAAAGAACAAAUGUAGGAACUCUGAAGGUUGUCAAGCCCCUAGAUUAUGAAGCCGUGAAGAAUCUACAGCUUUGUAUUGGUGUUCGAAAUGUAGCUGAAUUCCACCAGUCAAUUAUUUCUCAAUAUAGACUCACAGUAACUUUGAUCACUGUGACUGUGUUAAAUGUUGUCAAGGGCUGUGUGUUCCAGCCAGGUUCAAAGACAUUUAUAGUAGACAGUAGAAUGGAAGCAAAUCACACAGUGGGAGAGUUUUUAGCUACAGACUGUGAAACAGGUCAAGCUACAAACAAGUUCAAAAAUGUUAGAUACAGAUAUGUAAUGGGAAAUAACCCAGAGAACCUGCUGGUUGUUGACUCAGGCAUAAUAACUUUAAGAAACAGAGUUACUAUGGAACAAUACGAAAGGCUUAAUAAGAGAUAUGAAGGAACAGUGCUAUCAAUACAUGAUUCCCUUCAGAGGACCUGCACAGGGACAAUCAUCAUGGUACUUUGUGGCUUCUGGACAACUACUGAACAUCCCACAACAUCCACUGAGAAACCUGUGACUCUAUCCAUCACUCCAAACGUAGACAAUGUUCACUUCGGUCCUGCAGGCAUCGGGCUGCUCAUCAUGGGGUUCCUAGUCUUAGGAUUGGUUCCAUUCCUGCUGAUCUCCUGUGAUUGUGGAGGGGCCCCUGGUGGUGGAGCUGGAUUUGAACCUGUUCCAGAAUGUUCUGAUGGAGCAAUUCACACGUGGGCUGUAGAAGGGCCACAGCCUGGUGGGAUAACCACCAUCUGUGUGCCACAAAUGCCACCUGGUAAUGCCAAUGUUAUAGAAUAUAUUGACAACUCAGGAGUUUAUACAAAUGAAUAUUGUGGCAGAGAAAUGCAAGAUCUGGGAGGAGGAGAACGAACCACAGGAUUUGAACUAAUGGAUGGAGUUAAAACAUCAGCUGCACCUGAGAUAUGCCAAGAAUAUUCAGGAACAUUAAGAAGAAAUUCAAUGAGAGAAUGUAGAGAUGGGGGUCUCAACAUGAAUUUUAUGGAAAGUUACUUCUGCCAGAAAGCCUAUGCUUAUGCGGAUGAAGAUGAAGGACGUCCAUCCAAUGACUGUUUGCUCAUCUAUGACAUCGAAGGUGUGGGUUCCCCUGCAGGCUCCGUGGGCUGUUGCAGUUUCAUUGAAGAUCUAGAUGAGAGUUUCCUGGAUACCUUGGGGCCCAAGUUUAAGAAGUUGGCAGAUAUCAGCCUGGGAAAAGAAAUAGACUCAUACCCAGAUCCUGAUCCUUCUUGGCCUCCUCAGAGCACUGAACCAAUUUGCCCACAGCAUAUGGAGCAACUUGCUAGUGGACACCCAAGCAUAUCCCCACAUUUUGGCAAGACCACAGUAAUUUCUGAGAAUGCCUACCCCUCUGGCCCUGGAGUACAGCAUCCUAUGCUAAUUCCUGAUCCUCUGGGCUAUGGUAAUAUCACUGUGAGGGAGUCCUAUACUACCUCUGGCACUCUGAAACCCUCUGUCCACUUUCAUGAUAACCAGCAAGCUUCAAAUGUGGUGGUGACAGAGAGAGUGGUGGGCCCCAUCUCUGGUGCUGAUUUGCAUGGCAUGUUAGAGAUACCUGCCUUAAGAGAUGGAACAAAUGUUAUAGUGACAGAAAGGGUAAUAGCACCAGGCUCAAGUUUACCCAAUUCUCUAACCAUUCCUAACCCUCGAGAGACCUCAAAUGUAGUUGUGACAGAAAGAGUGAUCCAACCAACCUCUGGCAUGAUAGGCAACCUGAGCAUCCCCCCCUGAGUUAUCAAGUGCCCACAACGUGAUUGUGACAGAGAGAGUGGUUUCUGGUGCUGGUAUGAGUGGAAUUGCUGGCACCGCUGAGUUAGGUGGGGUUGGAGGCAUAGGCAGCAGUGGCAUUGUUAGCACCACCAUGGGUGUUGGUGGCACUGGGCUGAGCAUGGGAGGGACAGCCACUAUUGGCCACAUGAGGAGUGCCUCUGACCAUCACUUUAGCUAGACAGUUGGAUCUGCCUCCCCCAACAUGGCUCGAAGUCAAAUCACAAAGUAUAGUACAGUACAGUAUACCAAGUAGUCAUGAUCACAGAGUAUUGUUCACCGCCAUCUCAGUGACUUACAUCCAACUCCUCCUCAUCCUCAAUCUAACAGUCCAAUUUAUAAUGCAGAACAGGCUAUGGGAGACCUGUGGAGUAAGGAAGAGCCACAGUGAUAGUAACACAUGGAAACAUCACCAUGAGGAAGAGUGCUCCCUAGCAUUGGUAAACUUUUUUCUUAUAUUAACACUGAUGAAAUAAUGAAGGUGAACUUGAGGUAGAAUUUUAAGCUUGGGGCGAUUUUAGAUUAGAAGAAAUGAUUAAGACUUAUUGAAUCCAGCUAUUAUUUUAAUUCCAUAUUCAGGGAGAUGGUAAUUUUGCUGUCACAAUAUUUACAUGUUUUCAUUCUUCUUUCUUAGCUUCCACUUAUUCUAUGUUACUGGCUGGACUCCUCUUCCAAAUGUCUCCUAGUGACAUUACAGAGCACACAUACAGAUAAAAACAGUGAUAAAGCUUUCAUUUUAAACGUUUUCAGAGACAGUGGUUCCUAUUUACAGAUAUAAUUCUGUACCAAGAAUGCUAAAAUAGCAAUAAAUCAGGCAUCAGGCCUAAAUGUAUUGCACGCCCUCCACUCAAUGCCUGGCACUUUCUGAGAACCACAUAAAUGAGAAUAUUAGCUUUGUGGACAGUGAAGGUUCCUAGAUCCUGCAUCCCUGUCAUCUACAUUCUCACCUCAGCAACUGUAAGCCUAUGAGGUGGUCCUCAUGAACUAUCCCGUGAUUCAAUUGAAAUUCCUUAGCAACCAUUUAGGGUAAUAACUUCAUAAUCUACCCAAUCCUGCCAACUGUUAUUGUAAAAAGCAUGGAGUACAUGUAUCUCUUUGAGAAGCCCACACCCAUCCUUUCUGGAGUACCGUAUUCUUUCCCCUAAUAUCCCUGUCUGGGAACUGAUAUUCUUAAAUUUAUUUAAAAAUGUCUUUUAAUAAACUUCAGCUCUACUUC